CCUCUCUUCCAUCGCUGUGUAAAACCAAAAGAGGAGCCCGCUCUGUGUCUCUCUCUCUGCCCUAUACAGAGCAUCAUAUGUGCCUAGGACCAACUACACAAAUUCUGUAUUUGCACGCGUUCGACACAGAGACAGUGGCCCGCCAUCGCCUUUAGCAGCUCUGAAUUGAACGUUCAUCGUUGCUCGAGUAGACGAAAAUCCACGUAAGAUUCGGAAUCAUCGCGAGCGAGCGGCCCACAGGAGUGCACCGACCUAGGGGGACUCGUCGAAACAAUCGUUCCACCAUCGCGAACGAGGCCCUUCGGAAUCAAGGUUUGAGCUGUUUUCAUCAGUUGUGCUUCUGCGUGCGGUUUAUACGUGCAACGUUUUGAAAUAAUGUCGAAAGACAAGGAUGCCAUCGAAUGGGUCAUACCCGAUCCAGUUUACGACAAGAACACCAACAAAAGCUACUUAAAGGGCCGAUUUUUUGGCAAGGGAGGAUUUGCAAAAUGUUACGAGAUACGAGAUUCUCAAACACAGGAGGUCUUUGCAGGAAAGAUAGUGCCAAAGGCUCUGAUGACCAAAAGCAAUCAGAGAGAAAAAAUGACCCAAGAGAUUGCUAUUCAUAAGAGUUUGAACCACAAACACAUAGUUGGCUUUCAUGGGUUUUUUGACGAUAGUUAUAAUGUUUACAUUAUUUUGGAGUUGUGUAGAAAAAGAUCCAUGAUGGAAUUGCAUCGAAGAAGGAAAGCUCUCACAGAGUGGGAAACCAGAUAUUACAUGAAACAAAUUUUGCUUGGUGUGCACUACUUGCACAACAGGCGCAUUAUUCACAGGGAUCUCAAACUUGGCAAUCUUUUUUUAAACGAUGAUUUACAAGUUAAAAUAGGAGAUUUUGGUUUGGCCACCAUUCUAGAGCAUGAUGGUGAAAGAAAAAAAACUUUGUGUGGAACUCCUAAUUACAUUGCUCCAGAAAUUUUGACAAAAGUAGGUCAUUCCUAUGAAGUUGAUAUUUGGAGUAUUGGUUGCAUUAUGUACACACUCUUGGUGGGAAAUCCACCAUUUGAAACAGAGAGUUUAAAAGAAACUUAUGCAAGAAUCAAACAAGUUAAUUACCAAAUUCCAGCUUCAAUGGAAAAGACUGAUGCUAUGAAUAUGGUAUCAAGCAUGCUGCAAGGAAAUCCCGCAAAACGACCUAGUGUAGCUAGAUUACUAAAAGAUCCAUUCUUCUCUCAUGGUUUUAUGCCAGCUAGUUUGCCAUCAUCAUGCUUAACAAUGGCACCUCGUCUUGAUAUGCUUGAAGCUCUUGCUCGUAAACCUCUUGCACAAAAGGAUAUGAACAACAGUCCACAAGUUGAUGAAAUUAGCAAACUGCAAAGUCCGCGAAAACUCAAGAACUAUAUGAGCAAUGCCCAAAAACAAGAAUUACACAUUGAAACUAUGCUCAAGAGUUUACAAGAGCAAUUAGGGAACUUGUUAAAAAGUAAACCUGGUCGAAAAAUGGGUGCUGUAGAUGACAUGACCGAUCCCGACGCGCAACCCUUCUUAUGGGUCUCCAAGUGGGUCGAUUAUUCUGAUAAAUAUGGAUUCGGUUAUCAACUUUCUGACGACGGUGUAGGCGUUAUGUUUAACGAUGGUACUCGUAUCAUUAUGUUAGCAAAUAAUUUCAAUAUUCAUUAUAUCAAUCAACGAGGAGAAGAAUCUUACUAUACCGUCGAUGAUUCCCCAGCACAUCUUGAAAAGAAAGUAAAGUUGUUAACCUACUUUUUGCGAUACAUGAACGAUCAUUUACUAAAGGCUAGCGGUCCAGUUGUUGUAAAACAAAGUGACUCACUGGCGAGACCUCCGUAUCUGCAUGAAUGGUUUAGGACACCAACUGCUGUUAUUAUGUUACUAACGAAUGGCGCUCUGCAGAUCAAUUUUGGAGAUCAUACAAAAAUCAUCUUAUGCCCUCUUAUGGGUGCUGUUACUUACAUUGAUCAAGAAAAGAACUUUAGGACGUACAGAUUUAAAACGAUCAAGAAGUACGGCUGUUGUGCUGAUCUCGCCAAAUGUCUAAGUUACGCUUACGGAAAAGUGACUAUACUCACGACGAAGUCUUAUCAACGAUCGGUUGCCGCUCCUCAACCAAUGUAAUAUUUGCAAAUAAUUUCGAUAACGACAACGUCAGUCGAGGAAGGGCUUUUCAAAGUGGCUGCUGCGUGUAAUUUAAAAAAAUUAGCGAACUGAACUUACAAUUGUCGAACUGCUUUGUUAGGUAUCUAAUAAGAGCUGUUAAGUUUGACUCAAUUUUUACAUAGGCUAAUAAUAUUCAACGAUUUUUUAGAAUAGCUUUAUUUCUGAAGAAAACGAAAGUUUUUUUAACUCUCUGAAGUAACUUCUUUUUUAUGAAGCUACUUUGAAAACCAGGACAACGAUUCUAUGAUACUUGGAAGUUUCAUUUUUAACAUAAUAUUUAAUAUUUGGCUUGUUCCGUAAUGUCGUGUCUCACAUCGUUUAUGCUCACUUGUAACGUGGUUUUGAAAAAUAUUUUUGAUAAACAGUAGCACUUACAUUGAUUUUAGAUUCACUAAGUUGAUAUUUAAAGGUAAAAUAUUUGUUGUUUUUGUGAAACAAGAGUUCAUAACGCUUUUAAAUUAAGAAAGAUAACGAGGUGUUUUUUGAAGUAUAUAAUGUUUAAGAAUACUUCAUUAAAAUAUUUUACUAGAUGUGGUUCACAUACAUUUUAAGAAAUAUUUUUUCCAUAAAUUCGAAUUGUGCAAAGUACAACAGAAUUUAAAACAUUUUUCAGUAAGAAAAAAAUGAUACAAAUUUUACCGUUUAUUUUGACUGCGAUUUGACUGAUUCAAAUCAAAGCAAGUUAUUAAGUUAAGCAAUAAAACAAUUAAAAUAAAAAAAAAAAAAUAGAAAUUUGCAAGAAUUAUGAGUUAAGUACUACCUAUUAUAAUUUCAAUUCCGGCAUUUGUGUACAUAUAUAUAUUUACUGAACAAUUUUUUAUUUCAAAAUGUUAGCCUCGAAGAUUUGAUAAAUUCUAAGGUCGCCAGAAUCUAAAUCAUACACAUCAUUAUAAUGCAUUAAAAAUAUUUUCAGUAAUUCAGCUUUUUCAAAAAAAAAAAAAAAACAA